UUUCAAGGACUAAUAAUCAAGAGUAUCCGCAAGUCUUUUGGGAUCAAUCGUAUCUAUCAAAUGAAACUGAACCAUGUCCGCAGCCUUGAAAUCCUCUCUUGUAUGUGUAAAGUACUGACGACAGAAGAGAUUAAAAAUUUAACCACAAAGCAAGAAAAAUUUGUGGAAACAGCAAUUAUCCAAGCAGCAGAACGGGGGCUUGUUGAAUUCAUUACUCAUAUAUUUAGAGUGAAUCCAAACUUGGCAAAAACUACAGAUGACAAAGGCAGGAACCUAUUUCAAGUGGCAGUCGAGUGUCGCCAAGCACAAGUUUUUAAUCUCAUACAUGGUUUCAACAAAGACACCAAAAAAACUCUCAUGAGUUUGACAGAUGAUGAUGACAACAAUAUGCUACACAUGGCGGGACUUUUCUCACCAUUUGCACAUACCAACCGCAUACGUGGUGCAGCUUUGCAAAUACAAAAAGAACUACAAUGGUUUGAGGAGUUGGAGAGCAUGGCUAGUCCGGAGGAUCUUGAAGCAGUUAACGAUACACAUGAUAUGAAACCGCGUGAUUUUUUUUCUAAGAAUCACAUAGAAUUGGUGAAGGAGGGAGAAAAGUCGAUGAAAGAAACAGCUACCUCUUGUACAGUUGUAUGUGCUCUCAUUGUAACCAUGAUGUUUGCUGCAGCAUUCACAGUUCCUGGUGGAAAUAAUGGAGAUGACGGUAUUCCCAUACUCUUGAAUAGAACGGCAUUUAGGGUUUUUAUAGUUGCAGACGCUAUAUCACUCUUUACUUCCACUACUUCAGUAAUGUUGUUUUUGGGAAUUCUCACGUCACGUUAUGCAGAAGAAGAUUUCCUCAUAUCUUUACCUAGGAAAAUGAUAUUGGGCCUUCUGACCCUUUUUCUCUCUGUGGCUGCCAUGAUGAUUGCUUUUGCCGCUACCCUUUUUCUUAUCUUUCCCAAAGACUCAUGGAUUGCUGUUCCUACUAAUUUAGUUACCGCUAUCCCAAUUGCCUCAUUUAUAUGGAUGCAAUUUCCCUAUCUUGUGGAGAUCUUUAUUUCUACUUAUAUGCCAGGAACAUUUGACAAGAAUGUGAAAUUAAACCUUGGGAAAGUUAGAUUUGCUGUCUGA